AUGGGGCUCCAGGAAGAUGAGCCGGAGCGACCCAGGCUCCAGGGCCCCUCAGAGGCCUGCCCUGUCAGCGGGGGCACCUCCGACCUCCUCAGGCUCUGCUCCCGAGGUGGGGGCGCGGUGGGGCCUGGCCAUCUCCCCAGAGCUCUGGAGCUUGGGCAGAAGGGACUCCGUCCCAGACAGAGGGAGCUGACUUGUCCCUGGGCCCGGGAGGCGGCCCAUCAGUCUCAGCUGCGGGAGGCCUGGCUGCCUCCUCGGGGGAGGCCUCCCGAGCAGCCCUAUCUUGAUCCCGUUGGUUCAUCCACGUGUCGGUUGCCAGCGCCUCUGGUGCUAGGCUGCAAGCCGGCCCGGCGCAGAGCCAGGCCUCUCCUGGGUGGCCACUCACGCUGGCCGGCUGGGGACCCCACGGGGCCCGGAGGGAGUAUGUGGGGACACGGGGCCGCGCCUCACGCGGUGGGCGUCAGGCUGGCAGUGCAGGCAGCUCUGCCCUCUUCUGCCCCAGCCCCAGAGAUGAGAAUGGGCACCGGGGGCCUGGCCCAGCCCACGGCCGCCCAGCAAGAGGACUGA